AUGGGCAGUAAUAGGAAAAGCCAAGAUUCUCAAGGGGAAGCAAGAGAGUCUGGAGGGGGCAAUAGGAGAAAUGCAAUAAACGGAGAUGAAAACAAUACAUUAACCAAGGAGCCAAAAUCAAAACAAGUGGAAAUACAGUUUAAAAUAUAUAUGAUAAAUAUACAAUGUUUUACUAGACAAAAGUUAGCAGAAAUAGAAAGUGUUAUAGACAAUGAUAAUAAGAUAUUUUGUUUAACCGAAACUCAUCAGAAACUAGACAAGUUAGCAUUAAGUAAAGGUAUAAAUAAAAUAGAAAAUAUGAGGGAGAUGAAAGACAUAAAAGGAGGAGGGUUAAUGAUGCUGCAUAGAAACAGCGAUAACACAGAGUUAAACAAGGUGGAGACCAUUAGCAAAGACUUAUUGUAUGCUAAAUGCAAAAUACACAAUAAUACUAUCCAUAUUUUGUUGUUAUACUUAUCAGUAGGAAACACAGAGGAGGAUAAAAACAGAGAUAAAGUAAUAAAAAUAGAAUGUGAAAACAUUAUUAAAAACAUAAACGACAAAGAAUCACUAUUAAUUUUAGGAGAUUUUAAUGGCCAUAUAGGUUUCCUAGGCCACCAGAAUACAGACAGAAACGGGGAAAUAAUAUUAGAAUGGAUGAAUGAGCAUAGGCUAAUACUACUUAACGCAGAAGACAGAUGUACUGGAGUAUACACAUGGGAGAGAAUGCAAAUGAAAAGUGUAAUAGAUUUUGCUUUAGUCAAUGAGAAGUUAUAUAAAAAUUUUGAGGAGAUGGUAAUAGAUGAAGACAAAAAUGAAUUUGAUAUCUCAGACCAUAACCUAAUUACCAUUAACUCAACAUUCAAAGGACAGAACAAGAAUCUCAACAAGGGUAAAUGGGAGGAAGUAAAAUACUUCAAAACAGAUGAAGACAACCUAAAUGACUUUAUUAAAAAACUAGAAGAGAUCCUAAUAGAUAAAGACACUGACAGAAUCACAGAAAUGGACUCAUCAAUAAAAGAAGUAGCAGAAGAUAAGCUAGUGAGAACAUAUAGGAGAAAGAUGCUAGUAGAGGAGAAAGUAGAAGAGCAACCCUGGUUCAGUGAAGAAAUAAGAAAAGGUAUCAAGGAAAGGAAGGAGCUGAAUAGGAAGAAAAGGAAUGAGAGAGAUAAUGUCGUAAAGGAAAGUUUAGAGAAGAAAUAUAUGCAAAAGAAAAAAGAAGUGCAGCUACUAAUAAGAGAAGAGAUAACAAUUUAUGAAAAGAAAAUAACAGAAGAAAUAAGAAGAAACAAAAACAAAGAGCUCUGGGAAAAUAUUGAGAAAAGGAUGGAAUAUGAAAAUGAAUUGGCAGAAGAAGAUGAUAUCAUUAGAAUUGGAGACUAUAGAUUCCCAAAAGUACUAAGAGAACACAUGGACCCAAUGAUGGAAUGCAAAAGGAAGAUAAUCCCAAUGCAGGAACCUCUGAUAACCAAGGAAAAAGUCAUAGCAUGUCUAAGUAAGCUCAAAGCUAAAAAAGCUGCAGGCCCAGAUGGAAUCAAACCAGAGUUUUACAAAGCAUUAAUGAAGAGCAAAACCUGUAUAGAAGUAUUAGUUAGAUGCUACAACAAAGAGCUAGAAAUCAAAGAAAAGCCAGAAUCUUGGAAGACAUCGAGAACAAAAAUGAUAGAAAAGAAAAGGAAACCAAGGGCUAAGGCAGGGCCGUUUCUAGUUCAUUAG